AUGAGCGACAGUGAGGAGGACUCGGGCAGCGUCGGCAGACAAAAGUCCAUCUUCAGUGGCAUGGGCAGGGUGAAGCAGAUCAACCACCUCCGAGAGAAGUGGAGCCCCAAGCCCAAGUCGCCGCUACCAGACCGAGCGUUCGUCGAAUCGCCGCCUUCAUCUCCGUGGAGUCGACGGCCCAGCCCAGACAAGUACGCGCAGGGGCCGUAUGCAGGCGAUAGUGGGCGUCGCACUCCCCACAGAGGGCAAUCGGUGAACGGGUCACCCAGGCGGCAACCCGUAGUGACUGUGGUGGACAUGGAGAGAUACCUCGCAAUCAACACGUGGCUGGAACACAACGGCAUCAACGUUGCGCAGAUCAACACUUCACCCGAUAAACGCGACAAUUCGAAGGAGUAUGGCCUGUUUGACGACAUGUACAGCUCGCUGGACGUUCUUGAGAACUCCCUCAUGAGCGAGCUUGCCUAUCUCAACUACAGUAGGGGCGAGGACCAGAAGCCUAGCGAUACACUGUCGCUCUCAUCGCCUGCCCUGUUCGAUUACCUGGUCGUCAUCGCUCCGGAUAUGGUGGAUGUUACGAUCCGCAACUUCUGGAGCCUACGUGAAAAUGUGUUCGAGGCGACCGUCGCAUUUGCCCACCCGCCAGAGAGCCAAUUCCGCGCCGAGAGUCUCGAGCACUUUUGCUUUCCCACCGGAAUCAAAGCUGUCAAUGCCAAUGCCGGUACCAACGUGGAAAAACUUUCCGAAGCUCAUAGUACCAGCUCUUCGUUAUCCUCUCAAGAGGGGGAGUUUUUUGUGUUAAUGAUUUCUGGUGGAGGCGUCCAAGGCCAGAGUGUUCAAUAUGCGAUGUGCAUGAAGGGAACAGUGCAAGUUCGAGAUGGUAGCGGCGAUGGGAAAUUUCUGCUACUGCCGAUUUGUUACUGCAUGAUUGCUCAAAUCCCCUUCAUUCCAUUCUUUCGAGCUGUACUACAGGGACUUUUGGAUAACCUGCGGAAUGAACUCGAAGCACAUGGAUGCAGCGGGUCUCAGUCUUUAACCAGCAUCGUAACAGAUAAGCAUGCAGGCUACAUCGACGAUACUCUGCAAAACCUAAAGUCGAUCCCUCUUCCCGACAAAGGCCUUUCAGUGUCUGUCAACGUGUUCCCAUCGCCAAGUCCCGAAUUGAUAUUGACCCGACCACACAAAGAAAAUGAUGCGGAUGAGAAGGUUGCACUGUUGUUACAGUGGGCACUGCCGUCGCUGCUGUCUCGGGUCUCAGUUGAUCGCCUACUACAGAUUUUGAGCCUCUUGCUCGUCGAGAUGAAGUUUAUCGUCGUCUCGGAUGAAAUCCCUCUGCUAUCCGCUGCAACGCUAGGGUUGGCGUCGCUGUUGCAUCCACUCGGGUGGGCCGGACCGCUAAUCAGCGUGCUACCUCCCUCAAUGCACGAGUAUAUGGAGGCCCCUGUCCCCCUAAUCUGCGGCGUUGACGAACUUCCUCGUGACUUUGAGUGCUCGAAAGGCACUUGCAUCCUCUAUCUAACUGAGAGUCGAGUGCAGCUGCACAUCGAAGAUGCACGUUCAUUUGAGGCACUACAGAUGCCUGAAGUCGAAAAUCUCUCGUGUGAUCUCACGAGAUUUACCAAAGAAAUGCUGGGUCGCGUGACAGGUUCGUUCCGAGACAACGUCACGCCUUUAUCGACGCACCUGGUGAUUCACCGCGUUCGCCGGCAUAUCGAACACUUGAUUAGUGUAUGUGCGAAUGGAAACUCUGAACUAUACGCGAAUGAAAGGCGGUUUGUAAAUGUGUUCAUGAAGACGCAAAUGUACCAGAAGUACAUGGACGACCAGCCUGUGGCUGCCCCAACUGACCAAAGCAACCACCAAGUCCUGAGUGAUCAGCCUGCAGUAGUCGAAGCGCCAAUGACCCUGUCUUCGGUCAACACCCAGCAUGAUGGAUUAAAGUCAGCAGCUAGUGUGUUGUUCCAAAUCGCAUUGGCCGGAGUUAGCACAUUACCGCGGAGCAGCUCACGAACAAGUAUCGCAUCUAAGGCUGCUACAGACUCGGAGACCGACGCACAAAAUCCCGAAGUCUUGGAGUUACCGGUUUUUGACGAACCGGAUCCUGGAUCAGUGAAGCUUUCGUCUGCAGCUUCGUCGCCUACAGGUAAACUAUUCUUUUCUUUCUUUACCACGACAAAUUGCCUGGCGUAUCUGCCUGUAAAUGCUGAUCUGUUGUUUAGCUAG